GUCAGCCUGUAAACGGCGGAGAUCUCCUGUGCGCGUCGGCAGCGGUGCCCAGAGGCGCAGCUCCCGUCCGGUCCAGCAGCGCGCGUCGCACGGGUCUGCGGCUGCACCACCACCACCAACAACGACACCACUCAGUUCAGACUCCCCGACUUUCGCAUGCAUCCGCGAGGAAAGGAAUAACGCAAUCCCACACAACACGCACCCACUUCUCCAGCUCACCCCCCUCCUUUCCCACCAGCCAUGUCCUCCGCUGUCACCGAGACGGAGGAGUCGGCGCGCGGCUCCCCGCUGACGCCGCUUAAGCUGGUCGGUCUGGUGUGCGUGUUCCUGGCGCUCUGCUUGGACAUAGGAGCCGUGAUGAGCCCGGCGUGGGUGACUGCCGACGACCAGUACUACCUGUCCCUGUGGGAGUCCUGCUGGAAGAGCACCGAGAACUGGCAGUGUAGCAGCACGCUGGGCUCAGACUGGCAGGUUGCUGCGCUGGCCCUGUUGCUAGGGGGCGGGGCUCUGGUGUUGAUGUCAUUCCUGGUCGCCCUGGUCGCCGUGUGCAUCGGCACGAGGCGGCGGUUCUACGGCCCGGUCGCCUUCAUGCUCUUUGCUGCAGUUGUCCUCCAGGCCUGCAGCUUGGUCCUCUUCCCCGUCAAGUUCAUCGAGACCAUCAGCUUGAGGAUCUACCACGAGUUCAACUGGGGCUACGGCCUGGCCUGGGGCGGUACCAUCUUUUCCUUCGGCGGGGGAAUCCUCUACUGCCUCAACCCCAAGAACUACGAGGAGUACUACUAGCUCCGCUCGAGCCCUACGUUCACAUGGUGAAAUUGGAGACUGGGUGGAAGUGAGGAAUGUGUUCGUUAAUGGCUCAAUCACCAAGAAUUGUAAGAAAUACUGUACACUGGAUUGGAGCCGAUAACCGUAUCGCCGCAAUCUUUGAACCUAGGGACUGUAACUGGUGGUCAGGUGACGACUGUUCUUGCCUCAGUCAACAGACGUGUGAGUGCUGAGGCUAUUUGAACUGACAGCCCUAAUCACCACAGCCAUCCUGAAUAAGGGUUGGGGGGUUCUGGGUAUAGGUAUUACUGGGUGAUUCUCAGCACUUGCGAUGCAGUCCAAUGGGACCUGACAACCCUGCAGUAACAAAGGAAUAACAAAGGUUAACCGUGAUGACACCACCUGAUUCUAAACUGAAGAGCUACUGUUAUUAUGUUGCAACAACCCCACGUAUGGACUCGGUUACUUAGAAAAAAGGAUGUCAGUCUAGAAGGCCAUUACUGCACGGUUGCACACGCAUGCACAUGCAAAGUGUAUCUUCACAUGCAAACAUCAAAUCCUCGGCCUGGAUGAUAUGUUCUUCCCAGUGCCCGACUCCAUUAUCAUUGUGCCAUUUUUCUGAGCUCUUUCACAUGGGUAUCGGAGAGGAUCUGCCACGACAGUUAGGGAUUAUAACUUUCCAUAAGACAGAUAGAUUCCACUUGGGGGAAAGUUAUGGAUGGAGUGGGGGGGUUAAACUAGAGACACCCACUCAAUAUUCUGUUAUCGACCCACUUGUCUGUUACCGAGGCAACCCGCAGGGUGUGCACAUGCUGCUGUCAUGAUUGAUUAGCCACAGUCAGAGGUGUAAGACAGGACAGCGCUCAAUGCCUCCAAGGGUCUGCUAGAUUUCGAUUGCUCAUCGAGCUGAGUUUCUGCACUCCAUGACUUUGUGAGCAUUCUUUAUCGCCUACUCUAGCUCCUCUUCAUCCUGUUUUGUGUAUGGGAGUGUCCAUUGUACACACAGUAGUUAUGUCUGUCAGUGGCUAUGUUUACAUGCACAGCAGCAGUGUAAGAGAGUUAGGAUCUGUGUUCUGAAUGUAGUUAUGUGAUUAUGUACAUCUGGGAGUCUAGAUUUUACUUAACCAUGCCUUUUUUAUAAACCAGGGGUGUCAAACUCAAUUAAGUUCAGGGGCCACAUACAGCCCAGUUUGAUCUCAAGGGGGCCAGAUCAUUACAACUCAAUAGCGCAUUAACCUAUAAAUAACAGCAACUCCAAAUGUUUCCCUUUGUUUUAAUGCAAAGAAGUACAAGUAUGUUCAGACAAAGAAAUACAAUUUAUUUUUAGUUCUAGGUCUCAAUAUUGUGUUAUGCUCACAACUCUUACAAAAACAGCGCAAACCCUUGCAAUAGCACUUACUUUCUGUGGGAAAAUUGCAGUUAAUUCUUGCCAUGGGCCAGAUUAGACACGCUGACGGGCUGCUCUUGGCCUCCAGGCUGUAUGUUUGACACCUGUGUUAUAAACCUCUGAAUUGGCCUCAGAACAACUCUUCUACCCUAACCAACUACAAUGGAUUACUUUUUGUUGCUCAACCUGCACGGCCUUUUGUCUUAAGAUAAAAACAAAGACUGGGGACCAAGUAGUAAGCCUUGAGGCACUCCACAGUGUCUGAAAUAACUACACAGGAAUGCCAGCCUUUAGGAUCGAAAUAAUAAAGAAAGGUGCAGCAUCAAUACCCACAAAUCAAAUCCACAACAUUUUAGUUAAGAUUAACCUAAGAUUUUGGGCAUGUCUAAUGUGCCGGGAAUUGCUUUCCUACAAUGAAUCAAUAAGCGCAAGAGUCUUUCUUUGAUGUUUAUUGCAAUAAUGAUCAUGUACGCAUACAGGAUUUUGCCUCCCAGGAAAGGAGUUGCAUUCAGUCGUUAUGUAGAAAGGCAGGUGAUGCAGGACUUGUGUUCAGUUUUGUCUAGCAGUGAAGCAGACUCUUUUCCAAGGUCGCAUUUGUUCACUUAUCUCACAGUGUUUUGCCUUGAAAAUGACCCGUAACCUAUUUUCCUUCCAGGGGAGGAAGAGAGUUAAGUUAGUUAGAAAAUGAGAGCUGUAUGGUUGUAGCUUCAAAAGUAAAUCUAAAAAGUAUAAAAUUCAGUGAUAUAUUCUAGACUGGCCGAAAUAAUACAUAACACAUGGUAAUCAAAAACAGGAUUACUCUAUAGCUCACUGCUUAACUCCAUGAAUGUGUGAAUUGAUACAUUACUUUGUGCAUGUAAACACAGCCACAAAGGCAGAAUGUUCAUGAACUGCAUUUACUAAUGAGUUCAGGCCGCAUUUAAUGUAAGGGUGGUGUCUCUGUGUCUGCAGUAAAUGGCAGGGAUCAGUACUGCAUUCAUAGUUUCUAGCCUUUAGUGGAAAACAACUCCGACAUGCAUCUGUUGGCACAGGGAAAGCAAAUGCCAAUGCCACCCAGUAUCAAAUGUCACAAUUAAUGGAUACGAAAGACACAUACUAGGUCGAAAGGUACAGCUGUAUGCCACAUGAAAUCCUUACCACCUUAGAGAACAUGAUCAGAUUAUCUCUGCAUUUAUGUCCUGACAAAAUGAUUUCAAUUUAAACACUAUUUAUCUAGUUUCUGUUUCCUCGCCCUCUGGGCUUAGGUCCAGUCAGCAGUUGUUUGGGUGGUUGCCAUUCAAGUACAAUUUUUAAAAGGACAGAUCAUUGGAGAAACAGCUAAACUACUUGCUGAAUUGCUUUGCAACUGAUGGUUUCCCAUCUUCUCUCCACUCUGUGAGCUGCAAGUGUAUAGGGGGUCUAACAAACAAAAAAAAUAAUCUUGGGUUGGCAUUUUUCAGAUUUUCUUCUUCUUUUCAUUGUCAUAUUUUAACCAUAGAGCUGUCAAAGCAUCCAUUCCCCAAAAAUCAGAACCAGACAGGCUGGCUCCCUAGCCACCUUAAUGAAUGUAGAACGGCAAGGCAACUAUGUGAUUCAUGCAGCAGUUGAUUAAUUAAAUAUAACAUGGAACAGCGAUCCUUACAAUGGACAAAAAGACAAAAUCAUUUCCUGGUUUUAUUUUUGAUGAGGAGAAAUUGUGUUACAAAAAAAUCUUCAAUUCCUUUGACUCUGAUUUAACUCAGUCCACACAACACCUUAUUUCUGGCUUAUUCAGUCUGCACAGACAAGUUAACCAUUUCUUAUCUUUGUGUUUGGAACUGGUCGAUCACAUUUACCGUACAUUAGAGCGGUAUUGAUCUAAAUAUCUAACUCUGGGGAUAUAAGCAAUGUCUGGGCUGCAAUCCAAACUCCAUGACAUAAAUCCACUGUUGUACAUUCUAGUAUUAGAUAUGAAACUGAUGGACGUUACAGGUAGGGUUAAAAAAUCUUUAAAGCUUCUUUUUGGCCAUUGUGUCCUCAUUUUCCCUUCCAUUUAUUUUGAGUGAAAACAGAAACAUUAUUUCAUUAGUCAGACCGGCUACAUCGGUCAGAGGGUGCUUUACAAGGUGCGACCUUGCUCUUGUGUAUUUUAUCAGUUUGAAAGAUGUUACAGCUUCCCUAUGUUCAGCGGCGAGGGCUCCAGUUAAUCAGUGUUUAGCGGCGCGGGUCACGCGCUUUCCUGUCAGGUCAUGGAUGAAGCGCUCCAUGUCAGCUGACUCAGUGAGUUGUUUCUCUGUGCAGCCGGAGUGAAACACAAGACGUGACACAGUGGAGAGAAGCUGUAACACAGAUCAGCAUCGCCAGUAUUAUAUUUGGUAUGCCCGCUACUGUGUUUAAUACUGUAUGAUCACUGCUUAGUGAGGGUGUUUUUGCUACCUAGAAAUGUCUCUGUGCUUUGGUGGUGUAGAGGAGCCUUAGGCACUAACACUGUAACAGACCUGGGUUACAGCAUACUGUACAGCAAUUGUAUGAACUAUAUAUUACUGGCCAAACUAAAAUAACUAUUUUAAAAGUCAAAAGCAGAUAUAUUACUUUGGGCAUUCUCUGGAAUACCUUAAACGGACUGAUUUUGUUUUAUGUACCGGUAUAAAUUUAAGUACCUGAAACUUCCUGGUAUCCUCCCAUAGUCUGUAAUGGACCAAUCCCUGUACAUGUGGGGGGCAAAACAGACAGAACACCUGUCAUACUUUCGGCAACAUCUGCCGCCAACUCCAUUCUGUCCUAAUCUGAACUUGCCUACCAGAAUUUGUAGGCAAGGGACAUGAUUUUUGUUACCAGAAGUGACUGGUUUCAAUUUGUAGGCCAAGUAGUUGGGCACGAUGCGGGUAAACACUCCAUACAGAGAAGAAAAUAGGCAGAACGUCCUAUCAUUCCCUCAGCAAGCAAGCUAACACGUUGCAUUCGUCUAGCAAAUACCAGAGAUCAGAACGAUGUAGUGGUUUUAAACUGCGGCCCAGUUGCUAACAUCCCAAUAGGAAUUUUCCUCCGAGAAUUUUCAGACAAGGGGCAAUACUUUUGUACCGGAACCUUUCUGGUUUCCAUUUAUUGUCCUAGAAGUACUUACCAACCAUAUUUGAUUGGAUUUCCUUGUGUAGUCAGGUAAAUAGACAAUGUGCAAAGUAAAAGGGACGUGGACAUCAACUGUCAACUCUAUUCUCUCAUCCAAAUCAUAUUUUACCCACCAGACCUUGUAGGCAAGGGACAACGUUUGGGUACCGGAAGUCGCAGUAGUAUUGACACAUCACAUGAAGAGCAAAAGAGGUGAAACAUGACGUUAGAGCCUUUUGGAAAGUUCUCAAAUGUGCCUUGUUUGUCCAGUGAUGUUAUUGUAAACCUCUACUAUUAACUCCAAGUCCAUUCAUGCCAGAAACACACUUUCUGUCAUUUGGAUAUCUGUUGGCCACGCCGGCAGCCUGUGAACCAUUGGCAAAGCCAUCAGACGGGUUAGCAGACGAAACAUGGUGCAGCUGCUAAGAUUAAUCCAUUUCAAAUUUUGAACUUUCGACCAGAUGCAGUUCAAAUUGCUGCAUGUGUCUUAAUUAGAUGCUGAAAUCAACGUUGAGGCAGUCGUAAUUAUAAUAUUCUGAGUGAUAGUGUAAAUAUGUUUGCGCCAGUUUCAGAAAUGACCUACAUGCUUUGAAUUUUUAAUAAGAGUGAAUUAAUCAGUACAUAUCUGAAUAAAUGCUUAUUUGCGUCGGGUUUCUCAGUAUAGCUCGGUGAUCUGCUACAAAAUACUCAUGCUAUUUAAGGUUCUUGAGCUUCUGACUUGCUUCGGUUCCUUGUAUGUUCUAACCCAGGUCUGACUCCUAGCUAUUAGCAUUUGUUUGGUUAUUAACUUGCUGAUGAAAAGUAGAGGUUCGUAAACAGAGGCCGCUCUCUUUUAUGCAUCGUCUCCCAGUAGAGUGGAGAAAAACACUGUCUAAUGAUGUGCAUAGGGACUUAGGAUGUGCGUAUGUGCGUGAAUGACAGCAUAAUAAUGUACGUGAAAGAGAGAGCUUCGGCGCGUGUGCAUGUUUGUUGGCAUGUUUUAGAUGCCAUUGUAGAGAUGUCAGUAAUAAGCAUUUAUCUCUUUGUACGUUGGCACAUUAAAGCACUGAACGAAACAUC